AUGUUCCAUUUCAACCCAGAAGGCACCCACUGCCUCUACGUGGCGCGCGGCACAUUCCAUUUCAACUGGGAAGACCCUUCGGCUUAUGGAAGGUCUGUCCGCAUCCCACAUAGGACGAUAGACCCUUCGGCUCAUGGAAGGACAGUAGACCCUUCGGCUCAUGGAAGGACGAUAGAUCCUUCGGCUUGUGCUGAUGAUUUUGAUGCCAACGGCAACUUUAUCUCAACCGGCCGGUUUUUGGAUCCACUAGCUAGAGGUGAAGAUACGCCACCCGGUGAAGGUGGUAGACAUAUUCCCUUGAUUAACAAUAUCGACUGGAACGAUCCCUCGUUGUACACCAUGCCGCUUACCCAUGAUGAAAUUGCAGCUCUCACUCGCGACAUAGCGGCCACAAACCACCCCCUUCCAGAGUUGCCUCCCCCCACACAUGUUGCUGGUGCGAGCACCUCCUCUGCUUGCACGCCCUCACCUAAGCCCUCUGAAAUCCAUGAUCAAGGCCUGGUAAGUCCCACCCAGUCAGAGGUGUCGGACACCAGUCGAGAGGUGCCAGAGUUACUCCAACGUGAAGCAAACACGUCCACAUGGGCAGCACGAAACCCAACUGUGACUCCAAAGGUAAUCAAUGACAUCAUCGGGGGUCAGACACACUAUCGCAAUUCUCGCAAGAUGCAGGUGAAAAAUGCGCUUGUUCACGCUAAGUCAAAGGAGAUGAACGCAGACCUACCUGUAGGGUCUCGAUAUUCGUUGGCGGAGCUCCGCGAAAUGGUCGCAAGUGACCCCAAGAUGAAAGACUUGACGAGGGAACAAGAGGCCGCCUACAUUUCAGCACUCGACGAGCAUCGUGAAAAAAAGUCGGUUGGUGUUCGGUCGAACAAUAUAGCAGCUGCGCGUGAUGUUGUAGCUACGACGGAUAGGAUUGUCAAAGAGCUGGACGACCUGCGAGUUCGGACUGGCGUCUAUGCAACGUUAUUUGUCAUUCGCGGUCACAUUAACGACACAGUUCAAAGUGCGAUGCAUGGGACUGAUAACUCAGAAGACUUCUGGGAGGACGUAUACGAGCAUCCUAUGGCUGAUUUCCUCAGGCAAUAUGAGCAAUGGGCGUGCACCCAGAAUCAAAAUCUUAACGAACGGGACUCUUUGGAAAUGGUAUGGAAGCAGGUACGUAAAAUGAUCAUCCGUGGUCUUGUUGAGGUGACUGGAAAAAAAGAUAUCGGCAUGAAUUACCAUAACUAUGAAACAGCCAUCGUCGAGACAUAUGGUGUACGCCUGGUGGGGUGGCCCCACGGUGUUAAUUUCAUUAGCCCCUCGAACAUCAGGACUGUGGGCGACAUUCGCAAGCUGCGAGAUGCACUGAAGGCGCGAACGUGCUACUGGACUGUUCUCUCACCGGCGGAAAUCAAAGCUCACACUGCCGAACUCGAAGCGCGCUGUUCAGCUGGAGAUGUUGUUCACAAGCCGCGAAAAAAGCGUUCGGACGCUGGGGUACCUCGGAAACGUAAAGCUGCAACUAGCACAGGUCCUAGUAAGGAGAACCAACGGAUGUUGAAAAGAGCAAAAAGGAAUUCUGCCCAGCUUCCUCGAGGUCCAAAAAGUGCUGAGUUUGUCCAGUCGUCUGAUGAAGGGGGUGACGACGACUAG